AUGUCGAUCGAGGAAAAAAUCCAGAAAAUUCGAAAAAUCCGCCAUUCGGAAAUGUCUGAAAUUCUACCCAAUUUAUUUCUUGGUUCACGAUUAAAUUCAACAAACAAAGAAGAAAUUCGAAAAAAUGGAAUUUGUCGAAUUCUAGCAAUUCAUGAUCGAAAAGAAGAACAUCGAUUCGAUUUUUUGAAUUAUAAAUUUAUCAAAAUAUCCGAUUCAGCUGAUGCGAAUAUUUCGGAUGUUUUCGGUGAAGCUGUUCAAUUUAUACAUGAGGCAAGAAUUAGAGAUGAACCUGUUUUAGUUCAUUGUUUAAUGGGACAAUCGAGAAGUGCUACUGUUAUUUGUGCAUAUUUGGCUACUUUUUAUGAAUUAGAUGGUCCAACUUGUUUGCAAUUUGUUAGGAAACGAAGGAAACAAGUGAAUCCGAAUGUUGGAUUUAUUAUGCAAUUGAAUAAAUAUGCUAAAAAUGUAAGUUUGGCUUGGGGUAUAUGAGAAUUCUGGUUAUUCCGAACUAAAAAUAUUGCUGUAUUUCGAAAACCGAAGGGUUUUGUAUCUUGAACUCUGAAGUUCGCGAUGAUUUUGCGAACUGCAAUCCAUCCAUACUGUGUCUCAAUAUCCCAAUUUUUGCAGUUUGCCUCAUUGGAACGUGCUCGAAUCAUCGAAAUUACCUCCUCUUCCUCCUCAAAUCUCAAUAAUCCGCAUCUUCUCAACAACGAUUCUCAAAUAAUAAACAAGUAUUGUCCGUUUGCUGUGAAUAUUGUAUAA